ACUCUUUUCCAGCUAUACGUGACAAUCGCAAGUUUCACGAGAAAAACGACAGCAAGGUAGGCUUUGUAGUUGUACGUGUCCACCCGGCUGCAAGAAGAGUCUCCUUUGUUUAACAAUCAUUAGCAUUCAGGGCCACCACCACUCCGUCGAGACCUUGAACGCUGACGUGGAAUUCCCUAUCAAAACCAACAUAUAGACUUCUUUCUCUCUCUCUCUCUCUCUCUCUAGAUUAAAGUAGAACCUUUAAUCACCUCCACGCCUCACUCACCAAUCCUUAAAAUAUAUCCACCUGGUACCGGACCUCUGAAACCUACUACUGCAGCCUUUGACUUCCUCUGCAGUACCGCUGUAACAUUUUUAGGCGGUUGCCGGUAUGGGAGUAACGAACGACGACGUCGUUGUGAUCCAGAAAGGUAGAAACCCAGGCGAGCCUUGCUGUGUCACAGUCAAUUGCCCCGAUAAAACCGGCCUCGGAUGCGAUAUUUGCAGAAUUAUCCUCGAUUUCGGCCUAUACAUCACUAAAGGAGAUGUUUCUACUGAUGGGAUAUGGUGCUACAUAGUAUUAUGGGUAGUUCCUCAAUCCAGUUCGCUCAUCUUGAGAUGGUCGAAUUUGAAAAACCGUCUUGUAUCUGUAUGCCCAUCGUGUAUAGUGUCAUUUUACUUGGACCAAUCUUCGAUGCACUCCACGUCUUCUCAGGUUUACCUAUUGAAGUUUUUUAGCCUUCAUCGAAAAGGAUUACUUCAUGAUGUUACACAGGUUCUCUGUGAGCUUGAGCUUACAAUUCAGAGGGUAAAAGUGAUGACGACCCCGGAUGGCAGAGUUCUUGACCUAUUCUUCAUAACAGAUAACAUGGAGCUUCUACACACAAAGAAGAGGCAAGAUGAGACACUAGAACAAUUGCAUGCUGUUUUGGGUGAAUCAUGUAUCAGCUGUGAACUUCAGCUGGCAGGUCCUGAGUAUGAAUGCCUUCAAGGAAUUUCUUCUCCUUCUCCUGAGGUAGCUGAGGAGCUAUUUGGGUAUGAAUUAUCAGACAAGGAAAUCCGCUCUCAAGCUCUUAGUCCAGAUAUGUCAAAAUUGAAGAAAGCUAGUGUGACAGUAGACAAUUCAUUGAGCCCAGGUCACACAUUACUUCAAAUACACUGUGCUGAUCACAAGGGUCUCCUAUAUGACAUCAUGAGAACCUUGAAAGACUGCAAUAUCCAGAUAGCUUAUGGUCGAUUCUCACCAAAUUCAAUGGGUUAUCAUGAUUUAGACCUAUUUAUUCAGCAGAAGGAUGGGAAAAAGAUUGUGGAUCCAGAGAAACAGAGUGCACUAUGUUCUCGUUUGAAGGUAGAAAUGCUUCAUCCAUUGCGUGUCAUCAUUGCCAACCGAGGACCAGACACUGAACUGCUGGUUGCUAAUCCAGUUGAGUUAUCUGGAAAUGGAAGACCACGAGUUUUUUAUGAUGUUACGCUUGCUCUAAAAUCACUUGGGAUCUGCAUUUUUUUGGCUGAAAUAGGAAGAUAUUCAACAUCAGAAUCAGAUCAUGAAUGGGAGGUCUACAGAUUUCUUUUGGAUGAGAACUGCAGGUUUCAGUUAUCCAGUAUGGUAGCUAGGAAUCAGAUUGUAGAUAGAGUUAGAAGAACAUUGAUGGGCUGCUUAUUUUUCUGCUGCAAAAUACAUUUCAAGGAGACUAUAUUGGCUUCGUUACAAGAAGACUAUCACUAUAUUGGUUUGGUCAUAUACUCCCAUUUGAUCCAGAAGCCACGUAACCUUGAGGCUUGUACUUCAUGGCCGGAGGGAGAAAAAAAAAUUGUACCAGAAACUAUUACACAACUUCUUUGUCAUAAUUGUAAUGUGUCAGAGUGUGAGUGGUGAAGAGAAAAUAGUGGGUCUAUGUGUAAGUGAUAUCCAACUAUUCACAAUUUGCCAUGUCAAAAUUGUGGCAAAAAGUUGUGAAAUAGGUUGUGGUCCUAGAAUCAAUUGGGAGGAGGGGAUGGUUCUAACCUCCAAGGCUUAUUUUCCAAAUUUUAAGGAGUUGUGGAAAUCAAGAAGCAAGAGUGUCUUUAGAGUUUAGACAGAAUUUAUUAUAAAAUCAAUUUGUUUGUAGAAUACCAUUUUCUCAUUGAUAUAUUUUGUUAAUUACGCAAUGCAUAAAGUAACUAAGUUUA